UCAGUCCAUCCAUCACCCUCCCAAACCCUAGUAAUGGAGAUCUUGCCGUGUGACUUUCUAUCUGUCCUUUUCUCACCGAAGAUUUGAGUACUUAUCCUUUUCCUAUAUAUUCUCCAGAGUUUCCUUCUUAUACUUCUCUUUCUCUCCUUAUUGGCGGAGAGAGAAAAAGAGAGAGGUAGAGAAAAGCGAAGAGUCUCUCUCUUCCUAUCUCUCUCUUUCAAUGUCAGGGCACAAAUCUUCCACCUCUACUUCUUCUUCUUCUUCCUUCUAACCUAUAUCAGAAGGAAACGCGAAAAAAGAAAAAAAAAAAAGAGGCAGAAGGUUCUAGAAGCCGCCAAUUUUUAUUUCUUUUAAUUUGUCUGAGUCAGAGACGUUCGUGAUUGUAACCAUGGAUUCUUCGUGUGUCCCAAACGGCGACGUUUCUGGGUUCAAAGAUAAGGAGUCAAUGGUUGACCCUUUCUUGGUCGAGGCUCUUGAGAACCCUCGGCACCGUGUCACCAUUUUGCGGAUGGAGCUGGAUAUCCAGAGGUUCCUGAGUAAUGCAGAUUAUCAGCAUUUUGAGUUUCAACAUUUCCCUUCUUCCUAUCUCAGACUGGCCGCACAUCGUGUUGCUCAACACUAUGGUAUGCAAACAAUGGUUCAAGAUAAUGGCUUAGAUGGCCAGGGAACCAGAAUUAUGGUAAGAAAGAUGGCGGAAAGCAGGUAUCCCAUGGUUCGCUUAUCUGAAAUACCUGCUAAACAGUUGGAAAAUGAUAAACCUGAGAAGAUAAAAAUUGCCAUAAGGCCUAGGCCUAACAAAAUCAGUUUAAAUGAAGCCAAUGAAGCUGGAAGGAAAAGCAAUCCUCCUAGAAGUGUGGAAGAGAGAAAGGUGGAAUAUGAUCGGGCACGAGCACGCAUUUUUAGUAGCUCCAGAAGUUGUGAUUCAGAUGAUACUCUGUCCCAGACUUCAACUGAUGAGAAAAAUUCUCUUAUAAACAAGGAUGAGAAUGAAACUAGCAAGACCCCUGUGGUUUAUUCAGAACAAUGCUCUAUUGGUAGGGAUAUUAAUUCUACUCGAGUUGCCAUCUUGAGAGAUAGGGAAAAGGAUCGCAGUGAUCCAGAUUAUGAUCGUAACUAUGAAAGGUAUGCUAGGAGUAUUCCAACUUCUUCUGUUAACUUGAUGCCUUUUAAUUUGCAACAAGUUCGACAUCCAUUUGUGCAGUAUGAUAAUGCUUUUAAUCAGUUGAGUCAGAUGUCACAAAAUCAAGCUUCACUUGGCUAUGGACCUCAACCAAGCCCUAUGAUGAAUCCUUUUGGUGUCACAGGGUUGAAUCAGGUGCCUAGGGAUGCUGCUUAUGUACAGUGGCCAAGUGCUGCAGUAAUGUAUGCACAUUCAUAUGACCAAUUUAGACAAGCUGUUUUCCAGGCUCCAUUUGGUCAACGCCCAUUGAGUUUCGAUUAUUCGCAGAAUUACUAGAUGACGUUUGGGAAGCAGUUUUCCAUUUGGCUGCAUAAGUUAUUUUAGCUAUUAAGGAUUUCAGAGUUAGAUAUAAUUUUUCUGUACUGUUAUAGAUCCUUGUUUCCUAUUCUGGUUUUUAAGUUUUGAUGGUGGUAGCAAGUAUUUGGCGUUUUUGGUAUUUCCUGGCGACAUUUUUAUACAGGACUGUAGUGAAAGUACUUGGAUUUGAAGUAUAUGAAGAGUUAUAUGUGAUUACCUUGUCUAAUGUUAGGAAUGCUUGACCUCGUUCUGUCUAUAAAGUUUAUGCAAAAA